AUGAUUCCGAACUGGUUAAAUGAUACUCCCAACAAUGGGCAUCAGCAGCAAAAUACAUCCACUCAGCAAGGAUAUGCAAGCUCAAGCCAACAAGAAGCACAACACCCGACGACAAAUAUCAUGAGCGUGUCUUCAAACCAAUCACAAAACAUUAAUCAACAGCCACAACAGAAAGCUUCAUAUAUUAGGAUAAAUCCGAAUACAACAACACCCAUCAUCAGCAAUAAUUUUAAUUAUAAUAAUUCAUCGACUCAAAAUUCGUUGAUGAAUUUAUUUUCACUACCAACCAAUCGAUCAUCCCUUUCACAACCACAACAACAACUUUCGCCACCACAACAUCACUAUUCCACAACACCCCUUUCUCAAAUUCCACAACAAAAUCUUCCCGUGAUGACAAAUACUGCAGCACUCAUGAGCCAACCACAAGCCAACAACAUUGCACCAAUCGAUUAUAGUCAGUAUCCACACAACACUAUUUCACAACAAAUACGACAACCAUUUCUUUCACCACCAACUCCACAGCAACAAUUUAUAGGUCAAGCAUCAAUUCUAGAUUCUAGUUCUACCGUUCGCGCAAGUAGCCUCCUUAUGACAUCAACCCCUGACCAAUUUCCUUUUUUAUCUCUUUCAUCUAACCUAAACAUCAGCUCAUCGACAACUUCGACAUCUUCCUCUUCCAGCGGCUCUUCAUCAUCAUAUAUGGUCCCUCCUGCUUUCCAAGACCCUAACCUUUCUAAAAAUAUCCCGAGUGUCACACAAGGUAAACACGAAACAUCAUGUUUAUUAUGCAAAAUUCGGCAUAGAAAAUGUGACUAUCUCUAUCCAUCUUGUACUCAUUGCUCUAAGGAAACUCGAACAUUUUGCCUGUAUCUGCAAGGAAAAACCCAAAAGCCAAAACAGCAUGAGGAGCGAGACCAUAAAAAUGAACUAUUCAUGAUAACAGGAGAGGAGGAAGACAAUAUCACAAAAUAUAUAACCAGAGAAAAUAUUGACACAAUUUACAAAAACGUACAUAACAAUAUUAGCAGCAUCAAGUGUGGACCUGAAAUUACGAGCAAAUUAUCUUAUUCGUUAAGCAUGAAACUUAUGGCGAAAAUUCUUCCAAAGGCAGAACGGGAUCUCCUUUCGCAAUUGCUUAAAGUUUCACUUUUUCCUCAAAACGAAAAAUUAGUUGGAAAUUUGGAAUAUUUCUACAAAUAUUUUAAUACACUCGAAGACACAGACCGUGCCAUGAUGUACAUUCUUCAAUGUCUCUGUUUGCAAAGAAUUGGAGAGAAAAAGUUGGGGAGAGAGCAAUUUGAGAAAGCCAGGUCUAAAAUGUCAGCAAUGUUUGAUCACGUUUCAGAUUUUAAAUUAAUGGCAGUAUAUGCAUUGGUUGUGGCAUACCUAGUGGGCGAAGGAGACAAACAAAAAGCAGAAUAUUAUUUGAAUCAUGUGAAAUUCUAUGUGAAAGAGUUUCAGCCUACAUCUGAAAAUGCUCAUUAUUUGCUGAGAACUGCUCUUUUUUCAGAGUCUUUUCUUCAAAGUAACAAUCAUGACCAAUUAUUAACUCAUUUCGAGAAUGUUCUACUCUUUUUCACUCCCAAAGAAGCAGCGUCAUAUAGUUUGUCUAAAGAUGCUACAGACGCUGUUUCUAAAUAUAUAGCCAGCUCAAAUGAGCAAAUGUUUUCGGUGAAAGAACCCAAAAAACCAAACCCAGAAAAAACUGAGCUAAAAAGACAAUUGUCCGAAUUGAAACAUCUUGUGGAGCAAAACAGGCAAGAAUAUCCUAUGGGAUACCACCAAUUAUUUGAUUCUCUUUCUACAAGCUCGGAAGGAAGUGAGUAUGACGAUGAGUUUACACAUACAAGCGAGAGAGAGGAACCAAAUGAAAACUUAGAAAACAAAAUCAAGCAAAUUAACAUAGCUGUAGAGAAUAUCAAAGCAAUUUUCGGAACUACAGAUUAUAUUGGCAACAUGUUCAUGACAUUUCUUUAUUCAAUUGUGAUUUUGAGAAAACAUCGAUCAUUUAAGGGCGAAAUAUCACUUGAAGCAAUCAAAUAUGCCGAUUUAAUUUCUAAAACGACACAAUACGAAGAUUUUAUUUACUCAUCCUUUCCAUGCUCUGUACCAAUUUCUCUUGCAUGUAGGGUCCAUUUGCAAUCACUCAAGAAUAUCUUGAUCACAACCUCUCUCAUUAUUGCCGAAUACGCAGAAAAAUUAGUUUCAUUUCUCAAUAUGGAUUACCAAGCAUUGAAAAUGCUUGCAAAACGAUUUCCGCUUGUGGAUCAAAAAUAUAACAAGUUGUUGCAGGAUGUACAGGUCACACUAGAGAACUUCCAGCAAAUGAAAGACAAGGAACCUUCUCGAUUUAUGUCAUUGCAACACCUCUCGCAGUACAUGAACGUUUUCUAA